GGUCCCACGCGAACUAUCCUGGACGGAACGCGCUAUGCCCUUGAUGUUACGAUCGGCGGAAAGACUUAUGCUGUUGAGUUUGAUACUGGAAGCAGCUCAUUCUGGCUACCCAGUGCCAAUUUCACAUGUCUUGAUAUCGACAACAAAGUGAAACCUCAGUCCGCAUGCGGCUUCGCAUCGUUGGGUCCUCCCGACUAUACUGGAGGACGAGUAGCAAAUAUGCAUCUUAACCUGACAUAUCUCAGCGCAGAAUUUGCCAGAGGCUCUGUUGGUCUCGAAGACGUGACCAUCGCAGGGUUGACAGUCCGGAAUCAGCAUAUGUCGCUGGCGGACAAAGUCUUUCUCGACAGUACGAACAAUAUGACUAGUGGAAUUAUCGGGUGGGGGUUGGGUAAUUAUACUGCAUACUAUCCAGGAGAUAACCCAGACCUUGAUAACAAAACCGACCCGAAUCACAGCUGGAUUCCUACCAAAACUUGGAUCCUCAAUGCAGUCGAUCAGGGCUUAUUGGAGAAACCCAUAUUCUCAGUCAAUCUUGGCAACAGAACGGAGAAUGCUGCAAAUUUAAGUGUAUCUGGAUUCGUGGCUGUAGGAGGUGCGCCACUUGACGGACUUCCCUUUACUGGAGUCUGGGCCCAGUCAAAAGUCAGCACUACGACGUAUGCGCCCUGGGGUGUGAAGAAUAAGUACACUCACUGGAAUGUCAGGCCAGAUGGAUUCACGAUCAACCAGACUUUCGUACCAUGGGUUCCCGGUGUCUUUGCCGACAGCGGCCAAGAGAUAUUCACUCUCACCGAUACUGGAACCCCCUGGAGCUAUGUCACUGACGAGACUGCGAAAGCCAUUGCCGAAGCGAUACAGCCUCCAGCAUAUUACUCGGUGUACGACAGCGCGUAUGUCGCCAAUUGCAAUGCUACAGCCCCUCACGUAAGCAUUCGCAUCAAUGGUACGGACCUCCCAAUCAACAAAAGAGACGUGCUCCUUGAUGGUUGGCUUGGCCAAGCCAACGAUUCGACUACGCUGUGCUGGCUUGGCUUCCAGCCUGCCUUGCAACCAAAAGUAGGUGGCACUGCACCCUAUCUCUUGGGAAAUACCUUUCUAAGAAAUGUACUGGCUGUACAUGACGUGGGAAAUUUUAGGAUGUUGUUCGCUUCACUGAAAUGGUGA